AUGGAGAAUCCAGUGUCCGACUUUGGAUCGGUAAAACAGCUCCCACAAAUAACGGAUUCCUCACCCCCAACUCUUCCAUUACCCAUCCCCCCGGAUAUACCAAGAGAUAGGUUCCAAGGGCUUCGUUCCAUAUUAACCGUUUGGCUUUUGCUGCUGUCUGCCUAUCUUGGUAGCAUUUUUCUCCAAGGCCCUUUAGUACCUUUGGCGAUAUUUGCACCAAAGCUUUUUCGUCGGUUCGUGGAUUACUCCAUGAACUCCUGGUUCAUGUUCACCGAGUUUCUGCUUUUACAACUCAUGCAAGUUCGUGCCCGUCAUUUUGGGGAUUCGUUUCUGCAAACUGAUGCAAAACACUCCACUUUACUUUUGAUGAAUCAUCGGACACAGCUGGACUGGUUAUUCUCAUGGGGCUUGGGACAGACGAUGCAGAAGAUGAAGAUUGUCCUCAAAGAGUCAAUGGCGAAAAUCCCAGGGGCUGGUUGGGCGAUGCAGUGUGCCUCGUUUAUUUUUCUGCGACGCCAGAUGGCGACAGACCAGGAGAGAAUUGAAAGAACGCUUACUUAUCUAAUUAAUACCGGAGGGGAACUUAAUCUCUUCAUGUUUCCUGAAGGCACCAACUCGAGUCCUCAUUCAUUGUCACGGAGUAAUCGGUUCGCGGAAAAAUACAACAUGCCCUAUGUCGCAUAUACCUUGCAUCCGCGUUGCACCGGAUUCGUUUACCUGGCCACUUUGCUUGGACGCGCCCGCUUAAAGUAUAUUUACGACGUUACCGUCGCAUACCCUGAUCAUUUACCUUCUCCGGAUACCAACAUCUUCUUCGGUCAAACUCCCCGGGAGGUGCAUUAUCACGUCAGUCGUAUCGAAGCAAGCGAACUUCCUUGGGUGGAAAACGCUAUCACUGAAGAACACUUCGAAGAGCAGCGAGACCGCCUCAUCUACUGGCUUCGAUCACGUUGGUUAGCAAAAGAAUCAUUACUAAAGGUUUACUAUUCUCGACCGUUGGGACAGCGUCGUUUUGACAACGAAAUCCCUCCCCGAAGCCGUGUAUUUCUGUACUCUCCAAACUCCGAAUGUGUUCGGCUCGCUGUAUUCGGCAUGAUCAACACAGCUGGCUGGUUCAUCGGCCUCAUCCUCUCUGUCUAUUUGUUAUACUCCUUCUGGAUUGUGCGUCUGUAUGCAAUUGCAAUUCAGUUGUUUCUCAUCUACCUCUCUUAUGCUGCCGGUGGCGUCAGCCUAUGGGCCUCCAGUUUUGUCGAUGGGCCUCGAUUGUCCUGUCCGGUUGAAUUCAACAGAGUCGAGAGCAACGCAGCUCUCAUCUCCGAAUAG